AUGAAGUUAAUUUUGAUGCUUUUUGUAAGUUGGUUGAGCUUAGCAGAAAAUGCUAAAUUAGUUAAAAAAUUUUACCCCUUAAAGUGGGAGAAUUGCCCAAUUAAUGCAUCAAUCCAAGCAGACUUAUUUGUUCCUAGUGUAUCCACAAAGUUCAUAAAUGUCUCUGGUGUAUUUCAUGUAAAGGAGGAUAUUAUUGGUGCCUUAACGUUCACAGCAGAAACACAUAAAUGUUCAUUGGAUAUGAAAAACUGUGAAAAAUAUUUGAACGUAGAUGUUUGUCGGCGUAUUGAGGAUAAGCAUAUGUUUUAUUCUGCCAUGCUUAGUAAUAUUGCACCACCGUUAAUAUGUCCUUUGAAGGCUGGAGAUCACAUUUUAAAUCCUUCAGUUUUAGACUUGUCGAUUCUUGAUAUCUUUCGUGCAGAAGGCUUUAUCUGGAUUACCAAUUUUAAGACUAUAGCAGUAAGUAACAAAGGUAAAACUAAGAAAAAUGUAUUUUGCAUGGAUGUUGAAGCUAAAAUUGGAUCUCAUUAUGACGGAAGCAGUUUGAAUUUUGCAUUUUUGCAAAAAGAUAAUUUAUCAUUAGCAAUGAAUGUAUUGUUGAUUUUUGUAAGUUGGGUGAGCUUAGCAGAAAAUGCUAAAUUAGUUAGAAAAUAUUACCCUUUAAAAUGGGAGAAUUGUGCAAUUAAUGCAUCAAUCCAAGCAGACAUAUUUGCUCCUAAUGUAUCCACAAAGUUCAUGAAUAUUUCUGGUGUAUUUCAUGUAAGGGAGGAUAUUCUUGGUGCCUUAACGUUCACAUUAGAAAGCAACAAAUGUUCAUUGGAUAUGAAAAACUGCGAAAAACAUUUGAACUUUUCGUUUAAAGACGUAUGCCGACGUUUUGAGGAAAAACAUAUGUUUUACUCUGCUAUAUUUGAUAGGAUUGCACCACCGUUAAUAUGUCCUUUGAAGGCUGGAGAUCACAUUUUAAAUCCUUCAGUUUUAGACUUGUCGAUUCUUGAUAUCUUUCGUGCAGAAGGCUUUAUCUGGAUUACCAAUUUAAAGAUUAUAGCAGUAAGCAACAAAGGCAAAACCAAGAAAAAUGUAUUUUGCAUGGAUGUUGAAACUAAAGUUGUGAGAGAGAAAAUGUAG